UCUUCAAAAAUCUCUUCCAGUGUCACACUCUCUCUAGAACCUUCCUUCUCUCAUCCCUUAAAUUCCUUAUUCCCUAAGCCCCAAGUAAACCCUUGGUUUAUUCACACUUCGUCAUUCACCGAACUCUUUCUCUCAGAUACUUAUACUCACACUGCAUAGCAGAGAGAUUAAGCUUCCAUUUAAGGAAAAUGAAGGGAGGGAUAGUGAAAGAGGAAGAAACAAUCGCAUUUGCAGCUGCUGCUGUUGCUGCUGCUUCUUCAUCUUCAUCCUCAACUUCCAACCUCUCCCCGCAACCAAGGGAAGGGUUGCACGACGUGGGUCCCCCUCCGUUUCUCACCAAAACCUUCGACGUGGUGGAAGACCCUUCCACCAACGACAUCGUUUCGUGGAGCAGAGCACGCAACAGUUUCGUCGUUUGGGACUCUCACAAGUUCUCCACCACCAUCUUGCCUCGUUACUUCAAGCACAACAAUUUCUCCAGCUUCGUCCGACAACUCAACACCUAUGGUUUUAGAAAAGUUGAUCCUGACAAAUGGGAAUUUGCGAACGAAGGGUUUCUGGCGGGACAGAAGCACUUGUUGAAGACGAUCAAGAGAAGGAGGCACGUGACACAGACGCAGUCACACGAGGGAGGAAGCGGAGCUUGCGUUGAAUUGGGGGAGUUUGGAUUGGAAGGUGAGAUUGAGAGGUUGAGGAGAGACAGGACAGUUUUGAUGGCUGAAAUUGUGAGGUUGAGGCAGCAACAGCACAAUUCAAGGGAGCAAUUGUUGUCCAUGGAGAGCAGAUUGCAGGUCAGCGAGAAGAAACAUCAGCAGAUGAUGACUUUUCUUGCUAAGGCACUCAACAAUCAGACUUUUAUUCAGCAGUUCCUUCACAGGAACGCUCAGAAGAUAGAGUUGCAAGGUGCUAGAAGAAAGAGGAGACUAGCUGCUUCCCCAAGCGUGGAGAAUUUGCAGCAAGAUCCUGUGAUUGAUGCGGCAUUGCCAGUUGAAGAGGAAUCCACUAAUAUUGAGUCUCUUCUCUCAGCUGUUUAUGACGAUGAUCCAUUAGAAUCAAGCUCUGAACUAGAAGACCCGGCGAUGUUAGGUUCAGUUCCUACAACCGGUGGUGGGAGUGAUUUGGGGGUUGUAAGUGAUGCAAUCUGGGAGGACUUACUGAACCAAGACUUGGUUGCUACGAACCAUGAGGAGGAAGUUGUAAUUGGUGAUUUUUCACAAGUUGAUGUUCCUGUGGAGGAUUUGGUUGCUGAUCCUGAUGAGUGGAGUGAGGAUUUGCAGAACCUUGUGGAUCAUAUGGGUUAUCUUGCGUCCAAACCCUAGUGGACUCUGACAAUUUUUAUCAUCUAGAACCGUUGUGCAGGGAAAGGUGGUUGCUGCAGAAGAGGUCCCCAGAUAUUGCUCUUUAUCUGCUGUAUCCUUUGUAAAACAGACAUGUGUUUUGUGAAUAGCUGAGUAUUCCUUGUACCAGUAAUGAUGAUGCUGUUUGUACUAUGUUGUUGCCCCCUUUGGAUAACUACAUUGUACGUUUAUUUUUUUUUUGCAGGGUAGGUUAAUGUUGAAGUGGCCUAUUGCUUGGAAAAGAAGUAGUAAUAAUCUAACGGUAAAUUGAUGAAUUGUGAAACUUUCAGUGUGGAGAGACUGUGAAGUAAGAUCGUUGACUGAUUCCAAAGAAGAAUAUCAUUAACAAUCCCCUUUACUCAUCCGCCAUCUCACCUUGUCCAUUGGUGUACACUGAGAAAGGGAAAUACACAUUCUUCCUGUUUUAUCUUUUA